GUCGGAAUCUCCGAGCUCCAUGCUGCGGCUUGUGGUGACCUCUGUCUGCCGCUGGGGUGUAUGGAAGAGCACCGCGGCUCGGAGAGUGUCAAAAGCAGAUGAGAGUGACAGCCCAAAGCCCCCCAACUCCUUUUUAGCUCAGCGCCGUGUUUGUUGGUUAAUAAAUGGCAUGGUUUAGUCGGACAGCGCCUCUAAGCUAGCGCCAGCCGCCGCCGGGGUGGGGGCUCCUUCGGCUAGCUGCUAGCUCCUCUUCCCCGCUGCUGCUCCGCUGCUGCUCCGGGUUAGCGGAUGUUUUUCAGCAUCUGUCAGCGGCUCCAUCAGCAGGACGACAGCCCGGGCGUCUGAUGGGAGGCUGAGGGAACAAUGCUUGGAUUCCUCGGUGCCAUUUUUACAGGCCUGUUGGCUGUUCUGUGCGACGGAGUAGGAGAUUUUGACGGUGGCGCCUAUGGUGGGGUGAGAGUACAGAACGGGGAUCACCACUGUUCCGGUACAGUAGAAUUAAGCCUUCACGAGAAGUGGGAGACUGUCUGCGGCGAUGGCUGGGACCUGCGGGCGGCGAAUGUGGUGUGCGCGGAGCUUGGCUGCGGCAUCGCUGAGUCCAUCUCUUACGGAGCCGAGCUGGACCCAGACGGCGGCGGAGCGAUCACUCUGACCUCCGUCCAUUGCAGUGGACACGAAUCCAGUCUGAUUCACUGUAACUUCUUCAUUAACAGGCUCUCCAUUUGCUCCCAUCAGAAUAAUGCCGCCGUGAAAUGCUCAGGUACUCUCAUGGAGCCCGUGCUCACGGUGCGGUCCAGCCACGCCGUGUUCUCUGUCGGGGAGUCGGUUCACUUUUACUGCAGAAUUCAGCCGCGCAACCACAUCAGCAACGUCCACCUGUACAAGCAUGGAGUCGACACGCCGCUGGUCACGCAGAGCGCCGACCCCACCCAGAUCAGAGUCAGCCUCGUUCUGUCCGAUGUAGAAACUUUCCAGCAGGGCAGCUACAGCUGCCAGUACGACAUAAAGGGCGGUUCCCCCCCGAAGCCGGUCAGGUCCCCGCCCAGCGACCCGGUUAACAUCACUGUGGUUGACCUCUUGACGCCACAGCACUGGUACAACACGUCCUCCGACUCGCCGGCCGGCUCCGUCAUCAAAGGCGAGAGUUUUAACAUCACCUGCUCCACGCCGCGGCAGUACCCCGGCGCCUCCUUCCAGCUCCGCCUGGUGCGCUCCAACGGCACGGUCCGGCAGUCGCUCCCAGCCGCCUCCCGCUCCGUCACGUUCACCUUCCCCAACGCCCAGAGCGCCAACGAGGGAUACUACUACUGCCUGUACCGGGUCCAGCUGGGCGGGCGGACCUUCGUCUCCAGAGAAAGCCAGCCUCUGCCUCUUGCCGUUAAGGAUCCCGACCCGCUGCUGAGCCCCAUGGUGAUCAGCUGGCUCGUGUCUGGGGUGACGUUUGUCAUAGCUGUCAUAGUUAUUUUUACCGUGGCAAAGGUGGUGUGUAACAAGGAGAAGAAGCCCUCUGAAUUGGAGCGGGAGACCAGAACCUGUGUGGACAACACAUACGUUGCCGUAUCAGUUAACAAGCUAUGAUGGAGUCUGCAGGUAACAGACGUGUGGACAUCAAGAGGGCUCAACCCGUCUCCCAGCACAUCUGGACUGCAGCAGACGGGAAGCAGCAGCCAGAUACCUGUUGCUCACCCCCUGCUGGUGGCUGCUGGUAACUGUUAAUCUGGAUGAGAGACGGACGCUUUUAUUCAGCACUUCCACGGUGAUGCAGCUCGACACUGUAUUGCCUUUUUUUAAUUAGAACUGGAAAACGAUGGAUAAGAUAUAGACAUCCAGCUCUGUAUCAUCAGAGCAUGCUGACAGCCCCAUCAGAGCAGCGGUUCUACAUUAGUUGCUACGGUCAUAUGAAAGCCUGUUGUAAGAUACGCUACAGAACCAGAAACCCGACACUAAACCUUAAACUGGGGAGGCUGUGGAUCUAGUUAAUGCAUUUCUGUGUUCCUUCAUAGCAGCUAACAAGCCACACUAAUAAGCGCCUCUGCUAGAUACUUGCCCUCAGAACAAAGAUCCUUAAAGGAUUACAAGAUGUAAUGUAUUUGAAGACUAAAACUUCCAUGCAUUUCUUUUUUUUUUUCCAAUAACGUACUUGUUUUUGUAAAUACAAGCUGUUGAUUAUCAAAAUGCUGUAGUCAGGAGUUUUGUGUGCAGACUGUUAGACAAUCUAAACAUGUUGGUACUUUUUUGUUUUGCCACAAACUACAAAGCAGAAGGAUUUUUUAGACACCUUGUACAGGACUGUCUCAGAAAAUUAGAAUAUUGUGAUAAAGUUCUUUAUUUUCUGUAAUGCAAUUAAAAAA